AUGAUGGUCACGCCAACCACCAUUUUUUCUUACUUAUUCGUGCUUGUACUUUCCUUACAUGCUCCGCAGUUCUCUUACCAGCCCCGACACAACUAUGAUCUAAUCACGAUUAAAAUGAUCAUUGCUAUAACACGCCGGCUUUGGCUUCGAAUGUUAAACAAUCGGUACUCUAUAAAGAAGCUCCAAGUCGCUUCGGGCAAUUUUGGCGCAGAAGAACGGGAACAGCUCCAUGAUUUAUAUGAAAGAGAAUCGAAAUAUUCUUCAGAAUCCUUUGAGUUUCCCAUAGAUGAUCUCGCCUCACAUUCUGAAUUAUCAAAUGGACGGCCAUCCAACCAAGCGAAUACAAAUUUUGUAUCCAACUACCAGGAUGAGGUCUCUAUUUCAUUACAAGCACUGGCCACAGUAAUUCUUCCCAAGCUUUUGCCUGAGGAGCAACCUUGCUUCUUGGAUAUCGUUUCAUCACAAUUUCCGAGCCCGAUAGUUCCUUUCACAACUCCAUCCUCUCAACGUAAACAACAGAUUCCAAAUGAUCCUUUCUCUGCCACCGCACCUGAUUAUUCCAAUUUAUCGUCUAACGACGAGACUAGUUUUAAGCCUAGUCUUAAACUCUUUGGCUCAUGGAACGGAACUGACAAUAGCAGUGAAGCCCCUGCCGCUACUUCUACUAGCAACAAGCUUACUGACUGUUCACUCUUGAGUAGCUCCUCGACGUUAGUCACUUUACCAAAUAAUGCGUUCAAUAGAGUUUUUACAGAUCCGCUUCUUAUGCAAGCUCUUCGGGCCAGUCUAACAGAAGCCGUGUGUAUUGCUUCCCCUGAAGUAAUGUGCGCCAAAAUGCUACAGCUUUAUACAUGUCUUCAGUUUUGGAAAGCAAUUGUUAUCUUUGGACCCGCUUCGACAGGCAAAACCAGGUAA